AUGCCUAAGAAAACACGAGAAUGUGUAAUUUGUAAAAAAGUUGAGGCUAUUUCGAAAAAAAGUUAUAUUAUAAUUAAUUCAGCUGAAAGUGAGAAUAAACUUCGCAUGGGUUAUUGGAAUCGAUUUGGAACCGAUAUAUCUGCUGAAUCUUUGAUUAACAGUGAUGCUCACAAGGCAUGUUAUAUAAAAAUCACUCGAAAAUUACCACCAAUUAAAAUACAGCAACAACGAGUACUGAAACAUUCACCAUUAGCAAAGAAUGGUCAAAACGACGUUUCAUUGAGCAAACCUGUUGAGAACCCUAAUGCGGAAGAAGAUACUCUUGAGAAAGAAGUUACUGAAAUAAAUCAAUCGUCAACUGUUUUAAACAACUGUGACGAGAAUGUAUCGGAUAUAUGCUCUAACGAGUUCAGUGAAAUAAUGUAUGGAUCGACAACAAAUGGAUCCUCAAUAGCUAUGUGUCGAAAGAAAGUGAAAGGAGAAAUUGUUGCUAUGAGUGACAUUAAAAUUACUUAUGAAAAUAUUCUGAGCAGACGAAAAGAACCCUAUUCACCUGCUAUUUUACUUGGCAAUGCUAUUCGAGCACGAUUAGAACUUAAAUUUGAAUCAUAUGUAGCAUCAAACAUAUUGUCUAAUACUAUUACAACACCUUCAUCAGAUUCUUCAUUAUUAGUUAAUAAGAUCCGUACGUUUUCUGAAAGUUCUCCCACUGAAUAUCAUGUUAAUUCAAUAAAACAAAUAUGGUUUAAUAAAUUAGUUACUUUUAUUGAAGAAGAAAAUUUAGUAUUAGAAUUAUCGAAUUGGGCAGAAAUCGAAACUCAUGCAAAUAGUCUCGAUUCUCAUAUUGAAUCCACACCUGAAAGACAAAUGAAAGACAACAAAGACUUACGUAUUAUUUUAAUGAAAUUGAAACAAGAGGAGAUAUUUUCAUCCAAUGCUCCACAAUUUCGAAAAUUGUUUUCCGGAAAAAUUAUACAUGAUGACAUAAUCAAUAAUAUUACCAAUUCAUUUGCUCGUGGUGAAGAAGCCAUGCGUAGUUAUAUUGUAGAUCGUUUAAUUAAUAAAACUAUAAAAAUUGACGAACCACUUAAAGCAAUAAUGUUUUUAAAACUAUCGGAUGCUGACCAUUACGUACCUGGUGAACGACCUAAUACAAAGAAAAGAAAUUUGUUAAACACUCAUUCUAGAGACUUAUCGAAGAACCUCAAUUCAAUAGAUAGGCUUAUGCGUGAUGCUGUAAUUAUUGCAGAACAACGAAAUAUUACAUUAUCAUCUGUCUUUUCUCAUGAAUUUACUAUUGCACCAUUAUCUUUAUGUGACCUACGUGAUUACAAUAUAAUGUACCAACAAAAUAAAUCUUCAAUUAUUGAUUAUAUAAAAAGCCAAUUUUCUACAUCAUUUUCAUCUUCACCUCCAUCUAUUCGUGAAACACAAGCUUUGAUCAUCGAUGGAAGAAGUAUACUUCAGAUAAAGCCAGUUGGAAAACGCGUAACAGUUCGUCAAUAUGCAAAUCAAUUAUUAAAAAUGAUAAUUGUUUAUAAUUUCAACUCUUAUAAUCGUAUCGAUGUCGUGUUCGACUCGCCUUCUUAUGAUCUUAAAUGUGAUGAUGUUCUUGACUCUGAUUACCAUCAAUUAGUUAUGAAUAAUGAAGCCAUAAUAGCUUCUCGUAUUAGAGAAUGUUGGUCUGCUAGUACAUCCAUUCAGACUUUACCAGAUGGAAAGGUGUUAGUUAUCGCUGGACCAGACGAAUCAUCAGUAACAUUAAAAAAAUAUUUUGAUCCUAUUAAUGAUUAUUUAUUGGUAUCAAAUCAUGCAGAAGCUGCAACAAGAUUAUUCAUACAUGCACAAGCUAUUUCAUAUGAAAAUAUUAAAUCUAUUGUUUGUCAAUCAUAUGAUACUGAUGUCAUUAUUUUGGGUAUAGCACAUGCAUUGUCAUUAGAUGUUAAUAAUUUUUUUAUUAAAUCUUUCAAUACCAAAGGAAAAUUUUAUACAUAUAUCAAUAUUCGUGAAAUUGCUCUUGCAAUAAAAAAGAAAUUCCUUAUUGAUCCAAUAAUUUUACUUGUUAUUCAUGCAUUAUCAGGUUGUGACACGACUUCAUUCAUUAGAAAUAUAUCCAAGACGAAUAUGUUUCGAACAUUUCUCUCAAACACGUCUCGAUAUUCAAAUCUUAAUCACCUUUUCUCCGUACCUUUAUCAAGUAAGAACUUUUAUUUACAUUCAAUUAUAAAAAUAAAAUCUUAG